AUGAGCUCCGCGGGAGGACAGUCAUCUCGACCGAUCAUCUCAGAGGCCUCAUCCCCGUCUCAUCCGGCAAUACAUCCAUACACCCAGCCGACUCGGCGUUCUGCCGAGUACAGCGGUAAAGGUCAGUCCAGCGCGGUAUUUCUGGACGACGACGGUCCGACAUCCACACGAGCUAGUGCGGUACCAUACGUCAAGAUCUUCCCGCUGUGCUUGUCGCGCGUGGCGGAGGGUAUGAUCUUUGCGGUGAUUUUGCCGUAUAUCAACGAGAUGAUCAGGGGGUUCGGGGUGGAAGAGAAGAAAGUCGGAGUGUAUAGCGCGAUGGCGGAAUCGGCACUGAUGAUCUCCGAAGCGAUCUCUGCUCCGCUUUUUGCGCCACUAGCGGACUCGUAUGGCCGGAGACCGGUGUUCCUGAUUUGCGUCUUCCUAUGGGGAGCAGGGGCGGUGUCUUUUGGGUUUGUGGGGAGCGUGAUGGCUGCGGUCGUAUGUCGAGGCUUUUUGGGAUUGUUGGCUGGAGCGGGGGUACUCUCGAGGACGAUGGUGGGCGAGCUGUGCGACAAGUCAAAUAGGAUACAAGGCUUCGCUAUCUUUUCGCCGUCAUUGACUGUUGGCGUGACUUUGGGCCCAGUGAUUGGCGGCUUCCUUUCCAACCCGGUACCUCGAUUCCUCCCGCCAUCCUUCACGCUCCUAACUUCAUACCCAUAUCUUCUACCCUCUUUGGUUGCGGGAACGACCGGGUUUGCAGCCUGGGCGACUAGCUACAUUUAUCUACCCGAAACUCUCCCACCAUCCCUGCGGCGCUCAGAGAGGGAUCUGGAAAAGACAUCAAAGCCAGGUGUCGGUCAACUCCUGCGGCAUCGGCCCUUUCAGAACGUCUUAAUCCUAUAUGGCUUGACGAAUGCGGUUCAGUUUACUUUCGAGGCUAUCUACCCAUUAUUCGCAUUCACACGGAAAGAUCUCGGUGGAUUGGAACUACCCACGGAUACUAUCGGGGUCGUUCUCGGCUUCUCCGCUGCUCUGUCUAUCUUCAUGACCAUCUCGCUCUUCCCCGUACUGCAUCGCGCUAUACCCGAGGACAUCUACCUAGUACUUUGCCUGCUAUGCUACCCGCUUGCUACCAUAUUCUUCCCCCUCAUCUGGGCGUCGCACAAUUCAGCUGCUCCUCAUGCGGGUCUGGGGUGGGGCACGAUCGGGCUCAUGAGCAUGCAGAUGCUCAUACGGCGCGUCGGGGACUUCUCAUGCACACUGCUGGACACCAUCAUCUUCGAGACUAUCCCCUCGCCGAGUCUGCUGGUAGUCGCCAACUCCUUGACCUUCAGCAUCGGGGCAAUAGGACGCGCUAUCGGUCCCUUCAUCAUCUCCUACUUCUUCUCCAUCUCGACCCAUUUCGCUUCAGACCACCCAGCAAGACAAGCCGUAUGGGUCAUCUUUGCCCUGCUUGGCCUGCCAGGGGCAUGGCUGGCUUGGAACAUGCGGAACGGGACGGGCGGUUCUGGAUCUGGGUCUGCAGGAAAAGGGUAUGGGGAAGAAGAGGAAAGGGUGGAGUUGAUGGCUCGAGAUAGGGUUGCCGAGGAGGUCAGGAUAUGA